UCUGUUACACUCGUGACGUACCACCUGUGCGAUUUUAGUUAUGGGAUGUGCAUCCCACAAAUCAAAAUCGAUUAUAAAAUGUGCUCCCACACGUUUGUCAAAAUUGGUUUAACAUUCGUGUUAAUGGGGGUGGUCAUAUUCUUGAUGUCGUCCCUAUGGUUAUCGUUUAUCGGGAAGAUAACGGGAUUAGUUCUAUUCUGUUCUGGCAUAUUGUUUAUGCUUUUUGGAUGCGUAAAUCACACUUUAAAAAGUAACGAGGAAGAAGAAAGCCAUCAACUUCCACAACGUGCCACGUUUGAUAACACAAAUGGGAUAUCGAUAUGCAAACCGGCCUGGACUAUAGAGCAAAAUUCCCCUAAUUUUACUACAAACGAAGCAUCGACAUCGUCCAUAGUUUUGGCGCCAGAAAGUAACAUGUUAUAUUCGUCCGUGUGGAGUAAUACACCAUCGACAGCUUACUUAAAUCAGCCACCCCCUACGUACGAAGAGGCCACUAACCGAGCUUACAUGCCGUGAAAUUUGAGUUUUUAUGGCUCUAUAUAAAAAAAAAAAAAACGUCUGUGUGUUUAUACGUAGCAUUAAAUUAAAAGAUUUUAUUUUAUGUAUAUAGUAGUGUUCCGAAAACGUAAC